GCGUCCUCCGCGUCUCCAGGGACAACCUCGGCACUACCCUCUGCGGGCGCGGCGACGGUUAAUCAGAUUCCCGACCGAGGGGGCAUGGCCGCCGGCCGCGGGGGCCAAUCGAAAGCCUGGGAGGCCUGGGAGGCCCUAUAUGCAAAUAUGAGGGCCGAAGGGACCCGAGGGAGGGCCGAUGCUUCCCCAGAGCCGUCUCCAGGGCUAGGAAGAUGCUACAGUGCCUGACUUCGGAAAGUGAGGAAGGGGCGGAAGAGAGGGAGGAGAGUUCCACAGACGAUCUGGAGGAGCUAAAGGAAUUUGUCACCCUGGCUUUUGUGAGAGAGAACACACAAAAGAGGCUUCAGAACGCCCAGCAGUAUGGCAAGAAGAGGAGGAAGAAAAAAAGAUGAUUGGUGAUCAAUCUAUCCAACUGCCGGUAUGACAGCGUGCGCAGGGCCGCCCAGCAAUAUGGCCUUCGAGAGGCGAGUGACAAUGAUGACUGGACUCUGUAUUGGACUGACUACUCAGUGUCACUGGAGCGAGUGAUGGAAAUGAAGAGCUACCAGAAAAUCAAUCAUUUUCCUGGGAUGAGUGAGAUCUGCCGCAAGGACUUGCUGGCCCGGAAUAUGAGCCGCAUGUUAAAGCUGUUUCCUAAGGACUUCCAUUUCUUCCCCAGGACCUGGUGUCUUCCUGCUGACUGGGGAGAUCUGCAGACUUACAGCAGGACAAGAAAAAAUAAGACUUACAUUUGUAAGCCGGACUCAGGCUGCCAAGGGAGAGGCAUAUUCAUUACUCGGUCGGUGAAAGAGAUCAAGCCAGGGGAGGAUAUGAUCUGCCAGCUUUAUAUUUCAAAGCCUUUCAUCAUCGACGGGUUCAAGUUUGACCUUCGGGUUUAUGUGUUGGUGACCUCCUGUGACCCUCUCAGGGUGUUUGUGUACAACGAAGGCCUGGCUCGCUUUGCCACUACCUCUUACUCCCAGCCCAACACAGACAACCUGGAUGAGAUCUGUAUGCACCUGACUAAUUAUUCUAUCAAUAAGCACAGUUCCAACUUCAUUCAAGACGCUUAUUCCGGCAGCAAGAGGAAACUCUCCACCUUCAAUUCAUACAUGGAGACCCAAGGCUACGAUGUGGAGCAGAUCUGGAGGGGCAUUGAGGAUGUCAUCAUCAAGACGCUCAUAUCCGCUCACCCCAUCAUCAAGCACAAUUACCAUACCUGCUUCCCUAGCCACACGCUCAACAGCGCCUGCUUUGAAAUCCUGGGCUUUGACAUCUUGUUGGACCGGAAACUCAAACCCUGGCUGCUGGAGGUCAACCAUUCUCCAAGCUUCUCUACUGACUCCAAGUUGGAUAAAGAGGUGAAAGACAGCCUGCUCUAUGAUGCGUUGGUCCUCAUCAACCUGGCAAGCUGUGACAAAAAGAAAGUCUUGGAGGAGGAGAGACAGCGGGGACGGUUCCUGCAGCAGUGUCCAAAUCGGGAGAUCAGGAUGGAGGAAGUCAAGGGUUUCCAGGCAGUGAGGUUACAGAAAACAGAGGAAUAUGAGAAGAAAAACUGUGGAGGCUUCCGGCUCAUCUACCCUGGUGUGAAUUUGGAGAAGUAUGACAAGUUUUUCCAGGACAGUAGCUCCCUCUUCCAGAACACCGUUGCUUCCAGAGCCCGGGAGUUGUAUGCACGGCAGCUGAUCCAGGAGCUGAGACAAAAACAGGAAAAAAAAACCUUCCUAAAAAAGGAGAGGAAGGAGGAGCUGCCCGGCGAGUCUGUGGGUGAGCAGGCAAGAGACAAAAUCGUGAGGCUCCAGCGACAGAGACAGCAGCUGAAGUACAAGACCGCCACCUGUCCCCCCAAACAAUCCUUCCAUCCAGUGGCCUUAGUGUCCUGCACAUCUGGCUUGUUGUUGAAUAUCAGAGGCCUCAAGAAAAGCGAAACUUGCGAUAGCCUCAACCAGAAGGGCUCCAAGAAGGAGAUCAUCCUCACGCCCUGCAAGCCCGUGUCGGCGAGGAACUACAGUUCUGUCCCUGACCUGAGGAGUUCAAACCCCAGCUGCUCCGAGCCAGAGUUCCAUAGGCCCAACUCCAAAAUCAAGGAAGUCAAGUCAGCCUUUGUGGUGAACAUAGUCAGCAGUGCCCAGCCCAUAACAUCUGUAGAAACUUCCCCAGAUGCCACAGCCCCCAUCUCAACCUCUCUAGAAUCCCUGGUGAGCGGGAGCCUCUCCACCAGCCCUGAGUGCAGCAGCCCCGAGAGUGUCUGUCUGGCCUCCUCUAACCGCAAGCAGCAGAAGGCCUCCCAUAAGCUGACCCAGGAGAAGAAAUCCAAGCCCCUCAUGUUUUCCAAAUCCAGGCAGUUGGACCUGAACUGUACCUUGAUGAAGAAUGACAUUAAGAGGCAGUAUCUGAUGUCAGAGAUACUGCAGAGGGUUCAAAUGAAGAAGAGACGCCCCUUGUUCCCGGCUCCCAAGUCAAAAUACCCAUCCUUGUCCAAGGAGCGGUGCCCCCACAGCCGCGGCGGGAAGAAAGAGAUGGAUAUGCCCUCCGUCUUAGUCCUGCAGGCUUCUCACAGCCAUGCUGAAUCUCUGAAUGACCUUCUGGUAGUUGCCACUCAGGCCCGACUGGACCCUCGGCCCAGCAGAAGCCACUCGGGCACCACAACAAGGGACUCCAACACACAGGACCCAAAGCACACUGCCACUGCCUGAGGUCUGGUCAGAAAGGACGUGAGAGGAAUCAGAAUCAGACUGGAUCUUCGCCAUUUCCCUUUCCUACCUCUUACUCCAGGAAAUGAUUUGUCUCUUCCUGCAGUAUCUGCAACAUCUACAGAAUGGACUGGAAGUUUCAUUUCCUCAUCUAGAAAUUCUGGUCUGAUAAUUAUGUCUCCGUGGCACCUUUGAGGGCAGCGGCCUUCCCUUCCGCGCUCUCCCUGUUUGUUACAGCGCUGUGUGUGUGGGACCAGGACUGGCAGGGGUCAAGUGCUGCUUCCCUAGGACGAAGUCUACUUGCCUUAGCUGUGGUGCUCCUCCAGGUCCCUCACACGAUGGCCACUGUCAUCCAGAACCCCCUGCCCCUGGGGUAAGAAUCUUGAGGGAGGAGUGAGGGGAGGACUCAUGAUUUCCAGGAGUCCAGAGCCCUCCUUCCACCUGCAAGCCUGUGCCAGUCCCUGCCCUCCUCUCUAAAGAAAAAGAAGGCAGAGUCAGGACCAAGUGUGGCGGAACUCUGAGUCUUGGUGGAAAGAAGCAGGACAGUUUCAAAUUCACCAGCAGAAGAGAGACCAUCAUCCUGCUCUCCAACCAGCCCAAAGGCCCGCUGCCCUCAGCACCAGGACUGCCUCUUGCUGCUAUCUAUCUUCCCUUCAGUCUUGCUGGCAAAGACAGGUAAUGUGAGAGUACCUAGCCUGCAGGUAUUUCUUCCAUUAACCUGCAGAAAUUAUAUAUCUUCCCUCAUGUAUACAUUGAUAAAAUAAAUUGCCAUGCUCAACGCUA